AUGUUUUUCUCCCUCUUUCUUGUUGCCGGGCAACAGAUCAACAAUGAUUUUUGUCUCGACCCCAGGUUACAGAUCAACAAUGAGUUUUUGUCUUCGUACUCAAGAAAUCCUUGCCCUGAAAUCCCGGCUGUCUUGGAGCAGUACUUGAACGGGAUAGCCGCCAAUGGCGAGACUCUAUAUCAUUGGCCACUCUUGAAGCCCUUGCUUUUUGCCAAAAUGGAACAGGUGAUUGGAGAGCUACAAAAGGGGUUGAGCUCCGAAGUUAUCCCUGAGAGACCAAAUGUGGAAAAUGUUCCCUUUGAUGUGAUGCAUGCUCGCAUAGUGGAAGCAUUCCAUAAAUUUAAUGGUACUCCGUUUACCAUUCAGCGAUUGUGUGAGCUGCUCAUGGACCCCAAGAGACACUACAAACGCAGUGACAAGUUCCUCCGAGGACUAGAAAAGAAUGUGCUAGUGGUCAGCACUGUGGAUCCAUUUGGAAGAAAUGUUGUCUCUGAGGUUGGCAACAAGCACUUAGUCAAUGGCUUGGAUACAGUGGGGUCACCUUUCUUCCCUCGGGACUCCAGUAUCACUUCAAACCUGCCACCUGUCCCUGGAUGGGUCACGUCUGCCCCGUCUGUGACCUCUCCACACAGUGUUGCACCUACAGCAGUAGCAGAUCAGAAACAAUCACAGCCUUCAUCGCAUGACUCAGCGGUUACAACCAGCGUGGUAUCUGGUGUGGUCACCUCCCUGUACGGCGAACCGCCACAGGCAACUCAGGCGGAAGAGGUGGUUGAGGAAACUGUGGUUACCAUGGAUACAAGUGAGAGCUCCGUAGCCGACUGUCGCGAGACUGGGUCAGAAGACGGCAUGGGCAGAGAGGAUAGCAAUACGUCGUCAUCUUCAUCCUCCUCAUCAGAGGAGCUGUCAGCAAAUGACACAAGUGACAACAGUCCCGGUGUACCAGCAGCCGACACUGACACAUCUCACACAAGUCCCUGGGUUUCUGUCCUUGCUGAGGGAGAAGACAAAGUACAUGUGACAUCAUCUGUUGCUGCCGGUGUUGAUGAUCAGUCUGCCGGAGUCACAAAUGUUGAUUCCUCGGACGAGUGUAACAGAUCUGCAUCUAAGAUGUCACCACAACAGGCAGUUGGUGUUGGAGGGACAUAUUCUAUCUUGUCCUCUAGUGGAGUCAACUCAAGUAGUGAAUCGAGUGAGAAGUCUAGUUCAUGCGUAGACAGAAGUAAUUCACUUGAGAGUGAAUCAAGUGAGAAGUCUAGUUCACAUGGGGAUGACAGCAGUUCACUUGAGAAUGAAUUGAUUGCAAAGUCUAGUUUGCGUGUGGAUGAAAGCAGUUCACUUAAGAGUGAAUCGAGUAAGAAGUCCAGUUUCCAUGUGGAUGACACCAAUUCACCUGAUAGAAGUAAUUCACUUGAGAGUGAAUCAAGUGAAAAGUCUAGUUCAGAUGUAGAUGGCAGUAGUUUACAGCUGCCUAUGGACACAUCCUAUUCUCAAGAACCCCAAGCUAAGCGUCGCAAGUUAUCUCAUGAAAUGUCACAUGUGCAUGACUCACCCAAAACCUCGUCAGAUUUUCCAGUUUCCUCCAACACCUUAGGUGAUGUUGUGGCCUCGUCAGAUUUUCCAGUUUCCACCAACAUAUUAGGUGAUGUGGUGGCCUCAUCAGAUUUUCCAGUUUCCACCAACACAUUAGGUGAUGUUGUGGCCUCAUCAGAUUUUCCAGUUUCAUCCAGUACAUCCGGUGAUGUUAUUGUCCCAUCAGCUUUUCCAGCUUCAUCCAGUACAUCGGGUGAUGUUACUGUCCCAUCAGCUUUUCCAGCUUCAUCCAGUACAUCGGGUGAUGUUGAUAUGUCACUAGACUCUGACCCCGUAUCCACAACUGAAUCAAACAUGACCUCUGAGCUAAAUCCAGCAGAUCUUCUGUGUGUCCAGGACACUGAUGUCCAUGGUGGACUUGUGGAUUCAGAGCUAGGAGUACAUCCUGAGGUACAUGAGCCUGGCUCGGAGGGUCCAGAAUGUGUGGCAUCGCCACCGUCCCAGGAGGCAUCAUCUAGUGACAGUCAAGGGUUCGAUGCCACUGUUGAAAGCCAGAACAUAGUGGAUACAGAGGCAACAAAUGUGGAGGGAUCUGCAAAACUGGAUGGGUUUGACCAGGCAGGAGAAUUUCGGAAGACUGAAGAGCCAGAAAAAGAGGAAGAAAUAAGUGAGGGUAAUUUAGUGGACCCACAGAGUUAA